CCAGAAUGCAUCGCGAGCCUAUUGGAAUUGAGGAAAGACGCAUCCAGGACAUCGACUCAUAAAUCGCUUCUCUCCAACAAUUACACUAGUUCACGCCGAUUUCGCUCAUCGGUGGAUCAUCUUGCAACAAAAUUCAAGCAUAGACUUUCUUUAUUUACAUUCAGACACUCGAAUUUAUUAACACUGGACGAAAACCUCACAUCAGAGAUUAGUGUGUAGUCGAAGUAGGUUUUCACGGCUAGCCUUCAGCUACGAAAAACAACAAACCCGGAGAGAGCAGUUUCAAUUUUCCUGACAGACAAAACUGCAGAUAUAAACUCUAAACAGCAUUUUUUUAUUCCCACAGGCGUCGAAAAUCACACAUAUGAUGCUUUAUAGCUAAAACACCUUUUGUUUUAUCGAAAAUAGUCUUUUUUUUAAGGAUAUUGUCAUUUCCUUCGCUAAGCUAGCAACUCCGAACAAAGAAAGAAAUCCAGCUUUCGUCGCCUCGUCACAUCUCGUCAACUUUUUGGGCCUUUUUUCAAUCAACGAAACGCACUUUUAGUGUCAUUUGGGUAGAAAUGGCCCAACAGAGUAGUGCUCAGGUCGCCAGCUCUCAGAAAGCUCUUAUGUUGGAGAUGAAGUCGCUGCAGGAAGAACCAGUGGAGGGUUUCAAGAUCACAUUAGUGGAUGAAGCUGAUCUCUACAACUGGGAAGUGGCGAUUUUUGGACCCCCAAACACUCAUUACGAGGGGGGGUAUUUUAAGGCUCGUAUUAAGUUCCCGAUCGAUUAUCCGUAUUCACCACCCACGUUUCGAUUCCUUACCAAAAUGUGGCACCCUAACAUCUAUGAGAACGGCGAUGUUUGUAUCUCCAUUCUUCAUCCUCCAGUAGAUGAUCCACAGAGCGGAGAACUUCCCUCAGAGAGGUGGAACCCCACACAGAACGUCAGAACGAUCCUGUUGAGUGUCAUCUCUCUGCUGAAUGAACCAAACACAUUUUCUCCUGCUAACGUCGACGCCUCCGUCAUGUACCGCAAAUGGAGAGACAGUAAAGGAAAAGACAGGGAAUACGCAGAGAUCAUUAGGAAACAGGUUUUGGCCACUAAAGCAGAGGCAGAGCGGGACGGUGUUAAAGUUCCCACCACGCUGGCGGAGUAUUGCGUGCCUCCACGUGCCCCCGCGCUGGACGAGGGCUCUGAUCUGUUAUACGACGAUUACUAUGACGACGAAGACAUAGAGGAUGAGGAUGGCGAGGACUGUUGCUAUGAUGAAGAUGACUCUGGCAAUGAGGAGUCAUGACGACAUUCCCAUUAUCACAUUCAUCCUUGUCUCAUCAGCAUCAUUUCAGAAGUCGAAACGUUAAGGCAUGCGCCCCGCAUUAACUUUCUCUCCGAUGGCCCUUUACUUUGAACUUUUUUUUUUUUAAAGCAUUAUGCUGUUUUUUUUGUCAGUGUCAUAUUGUGCUGGCAUUCAGCUUUAUUUUAAAAUCCUCUUUUUUGUUUGCUUCAUGCUCUCUUUGUUUCUUUUAAAAAAAAGGGAGCAUGUGCGUUUUAAGACGUCAGGCGGUCAACGCUUUGAUAGCGUUAAUAAUCAUUUUGUUUACCUCACUGUUUUGCGCAUACGAAUGGUCCAGCAAUAAAGAGAUACUGAAGGUUAAAGUUUGCUCCCCCCUUGAGCAUUUAGGAAUUACGUUUUGGGAAAGCCCUGCGCAAAAAUACAAGCAUGAUACAUUGAUAAAACCUUGCUUGCAUUGUAAAAUAUUGAAACGGUUUACAAUGCAAUAUUUAACUUGUAUAGUAAAUUAUUGAAAUGAUGUUUUUUUUUUCUUCGUACCAAGAUAUAGAACCUUAUCAGAAAUGGAUAUAAUCAGAUUUACUGGUUGGGGUUGUUAAUGGAUGUGUUUAAUAGUAGCAACAUUUUAUUUAAUCUGCUAUGGGGGAUUUUAUUCAUAGAUGUACGUUUGUGUUUUUUAAAGAAUUGCCCUAAAUUUGGGAUUUAGGGUAACUCUCACAUGACUGUUGCUUCGUUCGUUUUGUUUUAUCGCUCCUUGAAAUGAUGGCACGUCUUGAAUCGUGAUGUCACAAUCGAAUCGUUCCUUUUUCGCUGACUGGAGGCGUCCUGUCGCUUUUUUCAGUUUCCACUCAUACCGACUGACUCUCAGGAUAAACCAAUCGAGACAAAGAAAUCCCACAAACAAAAAAGUAUUUCUCUUCCCACCUGCAAGUCAUCCAUCUUUGCAAAGUCGUUUUGAGGACAAUUUACAUCCGUAUCCCAGGAGGCUGCGAUGCACACAAGGAGAUUUGUCAAUUAAAUUGAACUGUAUGUAUUUUUACGGUUUGUUGGCAUAUUUAAAACUGAAUAAAGAUCUUUAUUAGAA